AACCGUGAAUUGGAGUCGACGAGGGGCGGCGUCACCCCUCUGCCGGCAGCAGGCGGAUCGCCGAAAGAGGGAAGGAUAGAAAACUAGAGAGAGAGGCGGAGAGAGAGAGGAAAACAUUUCUCCCGAUCUGAUCCCGCCAUAGUUUUUCCCACUCUUCUGCCAUAGACCCAUCAUCAGACCCAGUCCAACCCACCUCCUCCACAGCGCGAUAGAGGCUAUAGGCUGCUGCUUUAUUCGUCUGUUGGGGCCGGCUGCAAGUCAGGGGGUUUCAUUUCUUCUCCUGCUCCACUUAUUCAACUGGAUUUACAGCAAUAUUCAACGUUACCACCUGAUUGUACUUUUUUACAUUUUUUUAUUUGAAUUUGUCAUCGUGAAUUCAAAUUUAUUUCGUACUUUUGUCCUCUAGCGUGAUUUACACUUUCUGUUUGAGUGGCAAGUGUGACAAUAUCUUGUUGCGCUAUUAGCACAUUCAGCAGAAACUUUUUGCUGGCUCCAAUCUUUAGUUAUUCUGGGCUUUGUUUUUUGUUUUCUUUUUCUGGGCUCGGGAAAACAAUUUCCACAAUGCACAAGCUAUACAUUGGGAAUCUAGGCGAAAGCGUGACUGCCGAGGACUUAGGAAAAACCUUUGACGAACACAAGAUCCCAUACACCGGACAGUUUCUAAUGAAAACCGGCUAUGCGUUUGUGGAUUGUCCGGACGAUCACUGGGCCAUGAAGGCUAUCGAGACAUUUUCUGGUAAAGUGGAACUUCAUGGGAAACGUAUUGAGGUCGAACACUCCGUCCCCAAGAAGCAAAGAACCAGGAAACUCCAGAUCAGAAACAUUCCACCUCACCUGCAGUGGGAGGUUAAUCAAAGCACAUUUUCACAAUUUGGGCUUUCGGUUUACAAUGUAUUCAGUCUUCCUCUUUUCUUUCUUUCAGUCAACACAGAUAGUGAGACCGCAGUGGUUAAUGUUACCUAUGCAACCCGGGAACAAGCCAGGCAAGCCAUCCAGAAGCUGAAUGGAUACCAGUUUGAAAACAAUGCCCUGCGUGUCUCCUACAUCCCCGAUGAAACCUCUGAACUGGAGGGAGGCCAGCGGGGGCCUGAUAACGGCCGGCGACCUGGCUACGGGCCCCGGGGCGGACCCCGUGGCGGGUCCCCAAAUUCUGGGAUGCCCUCCAAACCUCCACAUGCCGACAUCCCUCUGAGACUGCUGGUGCCCACACAGUACGUCGGCGCAAUCAUCGGCAAGGAAGGAGCCACCAUUCGUAACAUCACCAAGCAGACACAGAGCAAGAUUGACGUCCACCGCAAGGAGAAUGCAGGUGCUGCUGAGAAGCCCAUCAGCAUUCACUCUACCCCUGAGGGCUGCUCAGCCGCCUGUCGCAUGAUCCUGGACAUCAUGCACCAGGAGGCCAAAGACACUAAGACUGCUGAUGAGGUCCCUCUGAAGAUCAUGGCUCACAACAACUUUGUUGGGCGGCUGAUUGGGAAAGAGGGACGCAACCUGAAGAAAAUUGAGCAGGACACGGAUACAAAGAUCACCAUUUCCCCUCUCCAGGACCUGACGCUGUAUAAUCCAGAGAGAACCAUCACAGUUAAAGGCUCCAUCGAAGCCUGCUGUCAGGCUGAGGUGGAGAUCAUGAAGAAGGUCAGAGAGGCUUACGAGAACGACAUCGCAGCGAUGAAUCAACAGACACAUCUGAUCCCUGGCCUUAACCUGGGUGCUCUGGGCCUUUUCCCUUCUUCCUCCAAUAUGCCCCCACCACCACCUGGAAAUGCAGUUGGUGGCACCCCCUACGGCUGCUUUGGGGCUCCAGAACAGGAGACGGUCCAUGUUUACAUCCCAGCACAGGCGGUGGGAGCAAUCAUUGGAAAGAAAGGGCAGCACAUCAAACAGCUGAGCCGCUUUGCUGGAGCCUCCAUUAAGAUCGCACCAGCUGAAUCUCCAGACUCCAAAAUGAGGAUGGUGAUUGUGACAGGACCCCCUGAGGCUCAGUUUAAGGCUCAGGGCAGAAUCUAUGGCAAACUGAAGGAAGAGAACUUCUUCGGGCCAAAGGAAGAAGUCAAACUUGAGACUCACAUCAAGAUGGCAGCUGCUGCUGCAGGAAGAGUGAUUGGCAAGGGAGGCAAGACGGUGAACGAGCUGCAAAACCUGACAGCAGCUGAGGUGGUGGUUCCCAGAGAACAGACACCUGAUGAAAACGACCAGGUCAUCGUCAAGAUCAACGGGCAUUUCUAUGCUAGCCAGCUGGCCCAGAGAAAGAUCAGAGACAUUCUGACCCAGGUCAAACAGACACAGAAAAGCGGAGUUGGCAUGGGCCCUGGCCCUCACUCGCCGGGCUUCACAGAGAUGGGCAGACCUACGCAGGGACUGACUCAGGACCACCAGCCACGCAGGAAGUGAGGGGUCCCCGCACCCUUCUCACAUGCCGCGGGCCCCCUGCCUGACGGAAGGACAGACAGACAAAUGCACGAACGGAUAGACGGACGGAUACAUGAGAGCGACACACGGACCCAGCAAGAGACAGGGAGAGAUAUAAAGAGGGAGAGAGUACGCCCAAUAAUCACAGAGAAAGACAAAGAACAAAGACGAAUGAAAUCAAAAAGAUGAAACAAAUAAUAAAAAGAGGAUUAAGGAAAAAGAAACAGAACAGAGAUCAGAUUCCAGGCCAGAAGAGAAACUGAGUGAGGAUGGUGGGAUGAGGGUAAGGAGGAACAUGGAGAGACAGAGGGUAUAGUAUCCUCCUAGUGUGCCUCGGGAUGGCUGCAGCCAGCUCCUCAUCUGCUCUAACUUUAUGGGAUCCCACCCAGAUAAGUCGAAACAACAUGGCCGACUUUAUUCUCCAUGUAUGGAUGAAGCAACGCUAUGGUGGGUUCCGAUUUAUAGCAGAUCUGCGUUUCCCAGGUACACUAGCAGGUGCCUUCUUGUCCUAUCGCCUCCAAGAGACCUCUCCAACCAUCUGCAGUCAGUCCUAUAUUUUAAAGGUGGUUUUUUUUUUAACAUAGAGAUAUAUGUAUAGAAAUGUUUUAUUCAGAGCUAUUAUUAAUAGAAUGCAGUGAGGUGGAGCUGGGAGAAGGAACAGGGGAACUGCUGUAGUGGCACAGGAGGAUAGGUGCGGGGUCUGGCACUGCCUCGCCCGCCCCUAACCUACUGGCCAAAUGAGAGCCUAGAAGAGGGGCCGCAGAUGUUAACACUGCUCUUUUAAAACCUUUCAGGAUAGUAGAGAGAUUAAAAGGAAAAAAGAGAAAAUAUGAGGUUGUAAAUAUAUAAUCUUCAUGUAAAUGUAAAAAAAAAAAAAAAAAAAGCUGCGCCUGGCCGCCUUGCCUUUCCUCUUUAAAAAAACGAGGACGUCUUCUCUAUUUUUCUUAGUCCCUUGCCUGUACUGUGUAGCAUCAUUUAGCCUACAGUAAGGCUCGGGGCUGGGGAGGCACUGAAGAUGCCCUUCCAAUAUUUAGCUAUGUGGCGGAAGGCGCGGCAAGAGACAGUAACGGGAGUGGAGGUCGCAGCUGGUCCUGCAGUUCUAUUGCAGCGGCUUAGCUCACGCGUUAGAUUAAAAAACAAAAAAACCAACUGCCAGCAGCUGUGCUCGCUGGCGAGCGACCUGCACCCCAAACGGCAUAUUUUAUAUAUAUUAUAUAUAUAUGAUAUGUGAGUUAGCCCGGCCCCUGGCGUGAAUGUAUUGAGGCUUUGCUUAACAAGUAUGAGCAAGUGUGUCAGCGAAAGACAUUCUGCUCAUUACGUUUGUGCAGAAAGUCAAGGUCAGUGUCAGACGGAGAGUCGGGUGCUUCAGCCAUCCCUGCGUUUUUUCUCUUAAAUAAAAAAUGCCUUUAAUGUCCGCAGUGAUGAAGGCAGUCCGAGGCUGACCUUGGCCGAGCACUAAAAGCAAAGUCUUCCAAAGCUCCUUGCCUUGAGCUCAGCAAUGGUAAUAUCGUUACGAAAGGGAGCAGCUUCCUCGUUCUCUCUCCCUGUCUGCUGAAGGCCUGUGGGCGGAGCCUCCAGACCCCGCCUGCGUAUGAUAAUGAGGGGCGGGGUCGAUGCUUGGACGCUCUCGCCAAGAUUAGAACAGAUUAGAAAAGAAAAAGAAAAAACCUACCUCAGGGUAAAGUUACCUCAGUAUUCCUUUUUUUUGCUUGCUGGUCUUCUAUAUAAUAGGAAAAAAAUUGCUGAGAGUCCUGAAUAUUUUUUUAUUUUUUUAAGAAAAAGUAUUUUUUUUUCUUUUUAGGUAUUGAGUUAUGGCUUUGGUAUUUUUUUUCCUUUUUUGUGUUUUCUGGUGUGAUGGUUGAAUGAGUUCAGGAUGACAAAGAUGCUGUUUUCUUUUUUCCUAAGCGGAGAGAGAUCGGUCUGCUGGUGUAGAGAAGAAACGGGUCCCAUUUUUCCAUCUUUUGGGGGGAAACAUGCUCGGUCUUCCUGACGUGUGAGUGGAGCCUCUGUAGUCUGAAACAGAGAAAUGGCCAAAAGGGAGUUAUGUUUAACUCGAGAGAGGAUCCUCAAGCGCACAUGGUGACCAAGCUCGCCACCGGGGUAAUCGGAUAACCUUUGUGUCAUACCCCGUUCCUGUGGCUUCUGGCCUGCUGUGUGCCCUGAAAUAGCCUCCUCUCCUCGUCUUAUUUUGACGACAUUGCCACGAAGCGCCAAACAUUACGAGACGGCUUUACAGACCUGCAUAUGGCAUAUGAAAAUGCGACCUUUCUCACCUGGAGGUUGGGAAUUUAAAUAUUAGCGGUCCACCUACCGAGUAGCUGUACUGUGUCAGGUGUUCUACUUACACACAGGAACUAGCUCUGACUUCUCUGAAUGUGAAUAUUUAUUACCCGUGCACUGACCGUGCCACCUCAGAUGCUCCCUGUUGGCUACACGUGUGCUUGUUGUGUGUAUGUGUGAAUGCAGGCGCGUCUGUGUUCGCUGGUUUUAAAUGUUCCUUUUUUUAAAGUCAGGGGAUGUGGUUGGGUGAUGUGGUUGAGGAAAAAAUAAGCAGAUAAAAGUAGGAUGAGAACCCAGUGGAGAAAAUCCACAAAUCUUUUAGAGGAAAAAGCUGGGAGCGACAGCAACGCAGCUGGGAUAAUAUUCUAACCUGUACAUAACAUGUUCGAAAUGUGAUCUCUAACCUUUUGUACUUUUGGAGAAAAAAACCUUAAAAAAUCAAAGUGGGAAAGAACCAUCAGACAGAAAGGUUGCGCUUAGCCAAGUUGCGGAAGGACACUGCCAAAUAACUGUCUUUUUAAUGUCUUACCUGUGCUUGGUACAAGCUUAAUCGGCUACCCCACCAGCUCAUCAACAAACAGGGAAAAAUCUAUUCCACCUCGCCUGCGCUUGUAUUUUUGCCCAGAGGCGCUAACGUCACAGCUCGACUCUGUUAAGUCUCCACCUCUUUCUAAACCACAGCGCUCCGUUCACAGCCACCAACGUGCUAUUCAGGAUUCAUCCCUCAGCCUGCGGGCUUUUGGACAUUUUUUAUUUUUCAUUCUUAUUUAGUACAGCAAGCUUUGUUUGGAAGUGACAUCUGGGGACGUACUGUUGCACUAAUCGAUUAAAGAUUUCAGCAAACAACGGAAACAACUGAGAACAUCUGAUGCAAAUCUAAAAAAAAACAAAAACAGUGGAGGGUGAGGAGUCAGAGUUUUCUCCCUUCUUGCUCUUUCACACCACGUUUUCAUGCUUUGUCGUUGCUCUUCUGUCCUCUGGUAGAAGAGUGAUUUUGGAGUGGGCGGGAAUGUAAGGGUCCCUUGCCCUCUCUUGCGCUGGUCUCCAUCGUGUUCGUUUUGCUCGCUUCUGUUCAAAAACGUUUUUCUUUAUUUUUCCCAGAAUCCACACUCUGAGUCUUUAUUGGAAAAUAGUUGAAUUUCACCCCAUCUUAUUGUUUAGCUUUUUUUAAUGCAGAAAUCUACAGCUACUUAAUGAGACGAAGUACUAACAUGUAGCUCAGUAUGUCACAGUGACUGUGCCAAACAAACAGGAAGGGGCGGAGUCCAAAAUGCAGUAUAGAGCCACGUUAAGCAAAUGAGCUCGCUGAGAAGGACUUGAAGUAUUUUAGAACUCAGGUGAAGUUUCACCUGAACCCUUCAUGUCUCGUUACAAUAGAGACGACAGUACAGUUUAAACCGAGGCGCGCCCGUGCCGUUCGCCACGCCCCGUGCCAUUCACCACGCCCACUCUGUAAUUAAGAAUGUAGAAAAAACGGCUCACACAAAUUGCAGCCGGAGACAGAGACAAAAAUCAUUUAUUUCUUCAUUUUCAUCUGGUUUUCCUCUCUGUUCUGUUUUUUUCUUUUGUUUUAUUGCAAUUUGAGUGAUUGAGCCAAUAAGUUGUAUCAGCUAGUGGACAGAGUUUGGUAGUGAGAGGUGCCACGUGGUAUAAAAACAGUAUCAUUGCCAGCACGCUAACAUUUGAGUUAAAACCGACACGGUUUCUAACAUUGUUUAAAGGACCAUACCAGUGUUUCAGACAUGUUUACCUGUUGCUUGUGUGCUUGUUAUGGCUGACCAUUUUCUACAACCUUUCCCCACUGGUUUCAUUUCACUUUGAUAUAGAGCUCCAAGAAGAAAGGCAAACCUACUGACAAACAGUUAUUUGGGGCAUCCAAAAACUUCCUCUCAUAAGUCUAAUAUUCAUAACAGUCCCUGUGCUCGUCUUGUUAUGACUUCUGGGAGGUUUAGCUGUUUGCGCCACCUUUGCCCGUCUCUUGAGCAAGUAGAUGGUGAAACCUCAUGUGGCUUGUAUGAAUUAGACACUGAUGUCAUUUUGUAACCUAUAAAAGAUUCAGCCCUAAUAUUGGUUCCAAAGUCACAUAUUUUCACAACUUACCAGAGCCAGAAUUUUGCUUUUGUUUCUACACAAUCACAAAGUUGACGCUGUGGACCAAAAAAGCAAAACUGUGAGCUGAAAGAAGCUAAAAUGCUCCUGGUGAUGAGUCUUGGCUGUGUCACACGUAGUUAUUUGAGUUACGCCUGUUGUACUUUAAACCCGGCAUGCUUUAGAACGUGGUCAGCACUGAUGAGAAGCACACGCAGUAAACUGGCAAAACAGAUCCUGACUGGUAUUGCCCCUUUCCGACUGAAAGGAAAUUCUGACUUGAGUAAACUUAUCUUACCUGAUCAAAAAACAGACAAAAGACGCGCACACACACACACACGCACACACACACGCACAUACACACACUGACUCCAGGAUGGGCAGAGCACAAACUCCUCCAUGUUGUGUCCCUAACACCUCCCCACCUCUUACCCCUCUGUCCGUCAGCAGGAAUGGGGCUUUGACAAUUCAGAAACAGAAUCUGACAGAGGGACUCCUUUCCCAAGAAGGAAACACAAACAAACAAACAAACAAACCUCUUGACACAUAACUAGGAACGCUACCUCAAAACACAAGCAAACUCAGCUAGAAGAUUGUCUCUUGUUGGUUUGUACAAAGAAAAAAGUAAGAGCGAGCAGUCAGACAACAAAGUGACAGUGUUUUAGUACAAACCUCCCCUCCCCCGUUUUUUCCCCCAUUCUUGGACUUUAUUAAUUUAUUUUUCAGCUUUUUGCAAUUGUACCUCUUCAGCUUAGAGAUGGGACUGUAAAAGUAAAUGCAAAAAAAUAAUAAAAUAAAAUAAAAAUACAUGAAUAAAAAAGAGAAAACACGCACACACACUCACUCUAUGGACACAUUGUGACGCAGGGUGACAUGAGCCAGACAGGAUGAAGAUUUUCUUCAUGCGUAGGGAGGAAGUGAGCCGGUCAUAGCAGGGCGUCAACUUGUUGACCUGGGAAAGGUGUUUCAGUUAAACUGCUCAAAGCUACCGAUGCUACUCGCUAACCCUCCUUCACAUCACAGCUUAAGACAAACUUAAUUUCUUCUGCUCGUCUCGCUCUGACCACACACUAAAAUUACUCGUAACCCUCCCUCGGCUCUGCCCUGCUGCUCACCUCCCAAAUCAAGGGGCACAACACCUAUAACCAUGUAAUUAUUUUGUUGAUCUACCUCUUAGGAAAAGGAAAAAAUAGAUAAAUGGUAAAAAAAAAAAAACUUUUGAAAAAGGACACAAAAUAACUAAAAAAAACAAACAAAAAAAAAGUCAUUUGAAAGAAAUAUAGGUAAAUAAAUAACUGGGUAGUGGCAUCUCCAUAUACUGUAGUGGAUAGUCUAUUAAAGGAAAAAAACGUACUUCUUCCAAAGAUGAUUUUGUUUUCUUUCUGCAUUCUGACUUGUAUUUGAAAUGGAAUAUUAAGGAAAUUGGGAGAUGGAAACUCUUGCCACCAAUUUUUAAUUUUCUUCUGUAACAACCCAGCAUAAGAGAUUUCUUUAUCCAAUUUGCAUUUUAUGUAGUUUGUUUCAUUAAGCUUUCUUUAACUUCAAAAUAUUCUUUUGGUUGACUUUACAUUUUUCUCUCUUCUUUAUGACAGCAGAUUGAAUCUCUUGUGUUUGGGUGCAUUUAGCAUUUUCUUUCUCUCUGUGAAAAGCCUACAUGAGUUAGUGCCCUGCAAGGACCUUCUAUGCCGACUGAUGAUUUAUUUUCAAUUCCAAUGAAAAGCAAAAGGACCUGUUGUUUUAGCUGAUUAUGUAGCUGCAGCUGGAAGGAGGGAGGUCCUCUGUACUGAGCUGGAUCUAGAAUAAUCACAUUUUGACCUAACCUCAAAUUAAUAAGAAACCAUCUCACUGUUGACUGCGCAGCCUGAGGCGACUCCUUGCUCAUAAGGAGUGUCAGGUCUUCCCUCCUUCCAGCAGAUGGCAUCGUUGGUCUUUACAGUAUAUGGACUUUCACCUUCUGCCUGCCUGAUUCCUUUAGUCGUCAUCAACACUUGUUUUAAACUCCUUGUAAACAAAACAGAGCAUAGAUAUGAAUGUGUUAUUAAAAGACGAGAGAACUGAC